AAUGAAAACGUUUAACUUAUUUUAUUUAAAAUUAUUAAGUGUAGUUUUUGUGUUGACUGUGUACUAAAUGGUUUCUGCAUUGAAAAUGGGUGAUGAAAAACAAGCCGAGUCCAAAGAACAAACAAAAGAUCCUAUGACAAUAUUAGAAGAUGGGUUGAUUCUUUGCAAAUUCGGACGUUUCCAUAUAAGAUUAUUAUUCACUUCAAUGGCUGCAGUGUUCGCUUCCACAAUGGUUACUACAACAUCUUCGUAUAUUUUACCAAUGGCGGAAUGCGAUUUGAACAUGAGUAUUAUGCAUAAGGGUUUACUUAAUGCUAUGCCUUUUUUCGGACAAGUGGGAGCGACAUUUUUUACUGGAUUCUUAGUAGACGCCUUCGGCAGGAGAAUAUUUUUAGUUGGAGGCAACGCCGCAAUAUUUGUAUGUACUAUAAUUGAAGGGUCCAGUCAAAACUAUUGGAUGUUAAUCGUAUUAAAACUUUUAGAAGGAAUUGCGUUAAGUUUAUCAUUUACUGCUGUUGCAUCAAUGGUAUCGGAAUUUGUACAUAAAAAUAUACGAGAUAGAAUACUGAUGCUGUACUGUUCAUUCAUGUCGUUGUCUCUUGUUGUUGCUGCGUUGAUAUCAUGGGGUGUAUUAUUGCAACCUUGGCAUCUUGUAAUAAUCGAGGGCUACUUUGAAUUAAGAAUCUGGAAUAUUUACUUGUAUAUUUGUUCGAUAUGGAGUUUAUUAGCUGCAGUACUUUAUUGUACCAUACCCGAAAGUCCAAAAUAUCUUUUAUCGCAUGGACAAGAACGAGAAGCGUUAGAUGUAUUGAGGAAAGUAUACGUUGAGAAUACUGGGAAAUUAAAAACGGAGUAUCCCAUAAAAUCACUUGGUGCAUCUGGUUCCUUCAAAUCAACCAAAGAGAUGAGCCUUAAGAAACAAAUGACACACGCAAUGAUAGACGUCAAGGAGUUGUUCCGCGCGCCUUUGUUUUGUAGACUUAUUUUGUUUUCAAGUCUCACAUUCGUGUGUUUGCUAGCGUAUAGUGCAUUGAGGUUAUGGUAUCCACAGCUGUCAACGAUUAUAGAAAAUUACCAGAAAGACUACGGAAAGACAGACCGAUUUUGCGUUAUGAUGAAUGAUUAUAAAUAUAAAUUGAAUGACAAAAUGAAUGUUUCUUCAUCUAAUGUUACAGAUACUGAAAUCUGUAUACCUCAAAUAAGUGGUUCAGAGACAUACACAAAUGGAAUAAUUCUUGGUUUAUUUUCAUUGUUCUUCGUUGGCGCUUGUGGUUAUCUAGUUAAUUUUGUGGGACAGAAAAUACUUAUGUUCAUCUUAUUGAUUCUAUGCGCCGUUUGUUCAGGAUCAUUGUACUGGACUAAUACGUCUAUACAAGCUGCUUUGCUUAUUUCUGCGACUUGUGGUUUAAUGCAAUCAGCUCUGAGUCUUCAACAAAAUAUUUUAAUUAGAGUUUUUCCAACAACUGUAAGGACACUGGCACUUUCAGCAAUAGUUAUGAUUGGCAGAAUCGGUUCUUUACUUGGCAACAUUUUGUUCCCAAUAAUGCUGGAGUUAGGAUGUAUGGGGCCUUUCCUGGCUUUAUCUGUGAUAACACUUUGUGUCGCUGGGUUAGUUUAUUAUUUACCGGAUCCAAACAAAGAAAACAAUGGAGCGGGCGACAAGUAA